UGUUUUGAAGUGAAGACGCUCCUGCCCAAAAGGAACUUACAACUUUAAGGGCAACACAAAUGAGAAAAAUGAAGACAAAAUAAGACUGAAAACCAGAGAACAUGAUGAUAAUGAUGAUGGGCUCAUUGAUUUCUCCAAAGUGUCUCUGAGACACAUACUGCCUGGAAUCAGUCACUUCCUGCCUUGUCUGCCACCCAUUGUGUAGCCACAAGUGAAGAAAUCGAAUUAGAGACGUUAAUUAGCUUACGCAAGAUUACAUAGCUGAGAAUGUGUGUUCUGUCAGCAGCUAUAAAAGUACAGAUCUGGGUGCUGAUCAAGAAUGUGAAGUGAGGCCUGAGAAAAUGCAGAACUGAGUUGAAAGAAAUGCAGAGUCAUUAGCGUCUUAAGCCAAUCAUCACCCUAAAAUGGUUUGAAGGGAGAUAUGGUAAACCCAAAUCACUGUUUUAACUAUGAUGAAAGGUCAAGCCAGCAAUGGAAAGCAAUGGACACAUUUUAUUUCCGAAUGGUGAUGCUGAUCCAUUUCAGAUUUCAUUAAAAUUUCAAUUAAAAGUUAAUUACAAACUCAAUGGAGAAGAGGGAGCACAUCAUCAAAAAUGGAUGGAUAUUUCUCUGCUACAGUGUCUUCCUUCUGGGACAAUGCAGUGAGAGCCAGUUGUCACUCAACACAUAAGGUGUCUGUAUUGUAGCUGCACAAGAGGGUUAUGGGAUGGAGUGCCUGAUGAGUUCCUCUAGAUUGAGCUGUCAGCUGUGACCUCUCUGAGGAGGUGAUCUAAGCUGCAAUCUGAAAGGCAAGAAGGAGUCAGUGUGUGAAAAUCUGUGAAAAAGUAACAUCUGGCAUAGAGAUCUUAAGAUUACAUGGAGUAUUUGCUUCCUGAUCCUUCUUAAUCUCUCUAGCCUGCAUUUCUGAAAACUUGGGGAAGGCAUACAAGCUUUGAAAAGACGGAAGAUUUCUUAGCAUAAAUAUCAGUAAAACAACUCUUUCCUACAGGAUUUUGAUGUCUCACUGAAGUAGCAAUUAAAACUGGACUCUUUUGAAGUUGUUUAUUCUAAGAAUGCACCUUCUUGAUUUUAAGGAUGAAAAGAUAGGAGCUGGAAGCAAAUUGGAUUCUGCUUCUCCAAACCUGAGCAUAUGUAAAAGAAAGCCUUUGCCCAGCAGAAUUAGCAGAUGGUCUAAAUCCCCUUGGAGUACAUGGGCUCAGUUCAACACUGAUUUGGGAUUAUUCAUUCAAAGUCCUUGGUCUUCUGGAACUUUAAUAAGCAGGCUUUCCCUCAUCAGGCUGACGAUGGCUCACUUCACACAUAACCACUCAAGACUUCUGUGCAGCAUAAAAUAGAAGAUCAAAAGCAGGGUUGAAUCUUUUUUGAAAGAGUUUGGUAACACCAGGCAUUUGAACACUCAGUCACAUGCAGCAGAACCAGGCACAUGGAGAACAGCUGAUUCCACAAAACCAAGGGCUUGGGUUUUGCAAUGGAACGAAUAUGGUUGCCGUUGCUUCUAACAAGUAGAGUGCUUCUGGGGUCUGCUCAGUUUAAUGGCUACAACUGUGACGCCAACCUCCACAGUAGAUUUCCUGCUGAAAGAGACAUCAAUGUCUAUUGUGGGGUGCAGGCCAUUACAAUGAAGAUUAAUUUUUGCACAGUACUUUUCUCGGGUUAUUCUGAAACAGAUCUGGCACUGAACGGAAGGCACGGGGAUUCCCACUGCAGGGGGUUCAUCAAUAACAACACCUUUCCCGCGGUGGUCAUUUUCAUAAUCAAUCUCAGCACCUUGGAGGGCUGUGGAAACAACUUAGUGGUAUCCACAAUUCCUGGAGUCAGUGCUUAUGGGAAUUCAACUUCAGUACAAAUAGGAAAUAUUUCGGGAUACAUUGAUACUCCAGACCCACCAACAAUCAUCAGCUAUCUACCUGGGCUUCUUUACAAAUUUAGUUGUAGUUAUCCAUUGGAAUACCUGGUUAAUAAUACCCAGCUUGCCUCGUCCUCAGCUGCUAUUUCUGUGAGAGAGAACAAUGGUACAUUUGUCAGCACUUUGAACCUGCUCCUUUAUAAUGAUUCAACCUACAGUCAGCAGUUAAUUAUCCCAAGUAUAGGAUUACCUUUGAAAACCAAAGUGUUUGCAGCGGUACAAGCCACUAAUCUGGAUGGCAGAUGGAAUGUCUUAAUGGAUUAUUGCUACACAACCCCAUCAGGGAACCCAAAUGAUGAUGUUCGAUAUGAUCUCUUCCUUAGCUGCGACAAAGAUCCUCAGACCACUGUCAUUGAAAAUGGCAGAAGCCAGCAAGGCCGGUUUUCCUUUGAAGUGUUCCGAUUUGUGAAACACAAGAAUCAGAAAAUGUCCACCGUCUUCCUGCACUGUGUUACCAAGCUCUGCAGAGCUGAUGACUGCCCCUUCCUUAUGCCAAUUUGCGGCCACAGAGAAAGGAGGGAUGCAGGGAGAAGGACCACUUGGAGCCCCCAGAGCACGUCUGGAAAUGCAGUCCUCUCUGCUGGUCCCAUCAUUACUCGGAGUGAUGAGACUCCAACCAACAAUUCACAGCUUGGUUCUCCAAGGGAACCUCCCUUCCAGCUGAAUGCCAUCACCAGUGCACUGAUAUCAGGAAUGGUCAUCCUGGGAGUGAUGAGCUUUUCCCUUCUCCUGUGCUCACUGGCCCUUUUAUACAGGAAGGCACCCACCAGUUUGGUGUUGAAUGGCAUAAGAAACCCAGUCUUUGACUGACUUUAACAGGUCCCUUCUCUCAGGAGGACUCACUGACUAUACCCUGUGUUACUGCAGUCAGUGUUUUCAUCCAAAUUGAAUGCCAGCCAGCAUUUGAUAUUUGUAGGUUUGAUAGAUUUCACAGUGUAGUUCGUCAGCAUGAUGAUAGUGAAAGAAUUUGGGUGGUAUUGUUCUCGUCGUGUAAGUAUGUGGUCAGCCCUAUUUGUAUGGCACCAAUGGGUAGAAUGACAAUAAGCCAACCAUAUUCAGGACUCAGAUCUUACAGGAUCAGUCAUAUUUCAUUUUAUUUCAAUUUUCUUUUGAUAAUUGGUUGUUAUAGAGAUAAAAGGUGGGCAUAGAAAAAAUAUACAUUUGUUGCAUUUUUCCCCCUAAGCAUUUAUACCCAGUGUGCUGGCAUUUAGAUUGUUUAUGUGGUCCUAAAUUGAAAGUUACUUUUUUUAUUUUUAUUUUUUUAUUCCAGAUAAUUCCAGCUUGGGGAUAUGUUUUAAUUGGACUGGUCGAUUUGGACACCUGAGAUUUAAUUACUCUUUCUGUGACCUGAGUUUUUGGCCGAUUUCCAUGUCUGAUGACAUUCAUUUAAAAAACAAACAAACAAACAAACUCAGGAAAUGUGUCUUAACCUGGAGCACCUACUUGUGUAGCAGAAUGUAAAAAUAGUUGUUAACCUCUAAAGGAAACCAAGUGACCCUAGGUCAUUAUUCAUUUACAUGGGAGUGGCUGUGCUCAGUUUUCUCCUGGUUCACUGAGAACGUCAGCACAAGUUCACUUUCCUCCCAGGUAAACAAGUCAGCUGCAUUUGCAGCUGUGCUUCCAGCAGUGAGGCAGCUGCAGAGAUCAUUCUUCAUUCAAGAGCCAUUGCAUGGGAAAACAAACCAUAGUUGUGGGAGUGGACAUUGUCCCCACACAUAAGCAUAAUGUUCCCAUGGGGUUUUUAGCAACCUAGUUUCCUUUUGUCCCUAUGACAAAGAGUAAACAGGGUAAGUGUGUUUUGCAGAACAUUGUUGAGUCUCUAUGACAAAAAUGUCCCUUUCCCACAAAUUUCUGAUGCUAGCAAAGCAAAUAAUCUGGAAGAGCCCUACUUUUUAGGUGUCUUCUUGAAAGUGUCAUGAUGGCCAUGGAAUAAACAGUAUUUUCCUGUAAUAGUAAACUGCAAGAAGUUGUGAUCCUUUGUCAGUUUUUCAAAAAAAUGUUUAAAAGCCACGUAUUAAGCAACCUCUGUUCUUACCAAAAAAUCAUCCUUCUCUUUGUUCAGUCUAUUCACACAACUGAAUAGAACAAUUC